AUAGCAUAACUUUCAAGGGAGUAAAGCCUGCUGAUAAUACUUUGAGCAGCCUAGCUUCCUAGUCAUCUGGAGCAGCAGCUGAGGAGCGUAUGUGUGAGGGGCGGGCCUCCUCUCUGCUCCCUGCUCUCCGCUCUGUGGAGCUGUCACAGUGUACCGGGAGGACGGAGCUCUCCAUCCAUCCACAGCGGCGGACAUGGCGGACCCCGCAGCGCCGACCACUAUCAAGGUGGUGUGUCGUUUCAGGCCGCUCAACAGCUCGGAGCUGGCCCGGGGAGACAAGUACAUCCCCAAGUUUCAGGGGGAAGACUGUGUGACCAUUGCGGGUAAGCCGUACCACUUUGACCGCGUGUUCGGCUCUGACACGACUCAGGUACAGUUCUACAAUAAUGUGGCUCAGAAGAUUGUCAGAGAUGUUCUGGAGGGCUACAAUGGGACAAUAUUUGCCUAUGGACAGACAUCUUCUGGUAAAACACACACAAUGGAGGGGAAACUCCACGACCCAGAUAUGAUGGGAAUCAUUCCUAGAAUCGUUCAAGACAUCUUCAACUACAUUUAUUCCAUGGAUGAGAAUCUGGAGUUUCACAUCAAAGUUUCAUAUUUUGAAAUCUAUUUGGACAAAAUCAAGGACUGUUUGGAUGUAUCAAAGCUCAACCUUACCGUGCACGAAGAUAAAAACAGGGUGCCUUAUGUCAAGGGGUGUACCGAGCGUUUCGUGAGCACUCCUGACGAGGUCAUGGACGCCAUAGAUGAAGGGAAAAACAACAGACAUGUGGCUGUCACAAACAUGAACGAGCACAGUUCCAGGAGUCACAGCAUCUUCCUCAUCAACAUCAAGCAGGAAAACUCUCAGACUGGACAGAAACUCACCGGCAAGCUCUACCUCGUCGAUCUGGCUGGGAGUGAAAAAGUGGGUAAAACAGGAGCAGAGGGAACAGUGCUGGAUGAGGCCAAGAUGAUCAACAAGUCCCUCUCUUCACUGGGAAAUGUCAUCUCAGCUCUGGCAGAGGGCUCGGCCUAUGUCCCCUACAGAGACAGUAAGAUGACCAGGAUCCUCCAGGACUCCCUGGGGGGGAACUGUCGGACCACCAUGGUCAUCUGCUGCUCACCCUCGGCUUUUAAUGACGCUGAGACCAGGUCCACACUGCUGUUUGGACAGAGGGCAAAGACCAUCAAGAACAAUGUGUCUCUGAAUGUGGAGCUGACCGCAGAGCAGUGGAAGAAAAAGUGGGAGAAAGAGAAGGAGAGAAACAAGACGCUGAAAAACACCGUCACCGUGUUGGAGACUGAGCUCAACCGCUGGAGGAACGGAGAGAGUGUGCCAGUGGAGGAUCAGUUUGACAAAGAGAAGGUCCAGGCCCUGGACAGUGUGCUCAACAAUGAUAAGACAGCACCCACACCUGCCCUCAGCACCCUCCCUGGAGUCCAGCUCCCUGGAGUCCAACUCACAUUUGCGGAUAAGGAGAAGUGUGGGGCAGAAAUGGCCAAGCUUUACAAAGAGAUGGAUGACAAGGACGAGGAGAUCAACCAGCUGUCUGAAUCACUGGAGACACUGAAUCAACAGAUGUUGGACCAGGAGGAGCUCUUGGCCUCCUCCCGGCGUGAUCAUGACACCCUGCAGACAGAACUGAACCGGCUGCUGUCAGAGAACGAAGCCUCCAAGGAGGAGGUGAAGGAGGUGCUGCAGGCCCUGGAGGAACUGGCUCUCAACUACGACCAGAAGAGUCAGGAAGUUGAGGACAAAGCAAGAGAGUUUGAGGCUCUCAGCGAGGAGCUGAAUGAGAAAUCGAGCUCCUUGGCCUCCAUUGACUCUGAACUCCAGAAGCUAAAGGAGAUGACCAACCACCAGAAGAAGAAGGUCACUGAGAUGAUGUCAUCAUUACUCAAAGACCUGGCUGAGAUAGGCAUCGCCGUGGGAAGCAACAACAUUAAGCAACAAGAGAGCAGUGGUAUGAUCGAUGAAGAGUUCACAAUGGCCCGUCUCUACAUCAGUAAGAUGAAGUCAGAGGUGAAGAUGAUGGUGAAGCGCAGCAAAGUACUAGAGAGCUUCCAGGCCGAGAGCACCCAGAAGAUGGAUGAGACGGAGAUGGAGCUUAUUGGCUGCCAGCUCCGUGUCUCCCAGCAUGAAGCUAAAAUCAAGUCCCUGACAGAAAACCUCCAGAAUGUGGAGCAGAAGAAAAGACAGCUGGAGGAAACGGUGGACACUCUCAAUGAGGAAAUAGUCAGGAUCAAAGCCCAGGAGAGAGUCAACACCAUGGAGAAGGACAGCGAGAUCCAGUCUGCCAAUGAAGUCAAGGAGACUGUGGAGAAACAGAUCCAGCUUCACAGAGAGACCCAUCAGAAACAGAUCAGCAACCUGAGAGACGAGCUGGACAACAAGGACAAGCAAAUGACAGAGAUACAGGAUCUGAACCAGAAGAUCAUGCUGGAGCAGGAGAGGUUGAGGUUGGAGCACGAGAAGCUUAAAGCUGCCGACCAGGAGAAGAGCCGCCAGCUGCAAGAGCUCACGGUGUUGCAGGACCGGCGGGAGCAGGCCAAACAGGACCUGAAGGGACUGGAGGAGACUGUGGGCAGAGAGCUGCAGACACUCCACAACCUCAGGAGGCUUUUUGUCCAAGACUUGUCCAGUCGAGUCAAAAAGAAUGCUCAGGCGAACUCAGACGAGAACUGUGCUGCACAGAAACAGAAGAUCUCCUUCCUGGAGAACAACCUUGAGCAGCUCAGCAAAGCUCACAAGCAGCUGCUACGAGACAACGGCGAUCUUCGCGCUGAACUGCCUAAAAUGGAGAAGCGCCUGCUGGCCACCGCCGAGCGGGUCAAAGGCCUGGAGACGGCUCUGAAGGAGGCCAAAGAGAAUGCAGCCCGCGACCGAAAGCGCCACCAGGAGGAGAUGGAGCGCAUCAAAGACACUGCCAAACCCAAAAACAUGGGCAGGAGAGGCUCAGCACAGAUAGCCAAACCCAUCAGACCAGGCCAGCUGCCGGGAGCCUCUCUUAUCCCAGGCCUCCUCAACAGGUCCAACCUCAUCAUGCCUGAGAGCAUCGAGGAAGGAGGCGAGCCUGACGGCGGCAGAGAGAGAGGCGGGGGAUUGCGAACAGAGCGGCUGACUGGAGGUCUGCAGCGGACUGAAGCCGGAGCAGCCGACACUGAAAUAGGUGGAAAAGUUGCUCCUAACUACCUCCACGGUGGACGCGAAACCCCGACGGACACCACUGGAGUUUUUAAAGUCCGUGGGGCUCGAAGGGACCCUGCCCCCCACCUAGACCCCCCUCACCACCGCCUCCCGCCCCAGGCAUGCUCAGACCCUCCGAUUUAUACACCCAAGCUGCUUGUUUCCAGGGCUAAAACAGUGCCUAAUUACUAA